CUCACUCACUCACCUAGUACAAGACCACGUCUACCCGGCCUAUCUGUCUGCCAUGCCUCUUAGGCAGAAGUCGGUAGGGAGCAGAAUCAUCCCAACGGGAGACCAGCCACCGAGGUUCUUGCUUUACAUUUAUUUGUUGGGACUGCUACUGCUUGUGAGGGUUCUGACCGGGGGUUUAAGGAUUUGGAAGUACUUCAAGGAGACGUAGAGUGAAAGAAAAACAGUUGGGAGUCGGAAGCGUCAUCAUCAGCAACGAGAACGAUAACGGUAACGAUAACGCAACGAGAUGAAGUUUUCCACGGGUUUUAUUGCGGCGGUAGUGAUAGGACCAGGAAUGGGCGUUUUUGCAUCUCCGGCGCCUAAGAAUCCUCCUCCUCCGAUUGCUUCUUCGAAUCCAUCAUCGACACUUACGCUCCUCGAGACAAACAACCCCCAAACGCCAUCACUAACGCCAACAGACCUCCAUGACCCCCCGAAUCCGCAAUUCACCCCCCUCCCACACCCCGAAAACAUCUCCCCCUCCGCUCCCUCCCCCGCCGCUGCGAUCCACCCCCGAGCCCCACAGCAAACCUGCGCUCCAAACUCCGACACAAACAAUUCGGGCUGCAACAACUCGGGGCUCGGCAACUCUGGAACCUCAAACUCCGGCAUAAACAACUGCGGCACCGGCAACUCCGGAGUCGGCGUCGGUUGUAGCGACGCCGCUGUCAAGACGAGCGUGUUUGUCGCGAUGAGCGCGACAACGGUUUACGUCGUUAGCACUGUUACCGUUGAUGGGGGUGCUGGAGGGACGGGAGUGGGAGGGACAGCCGUGGUUGUAACCACGGUCCAGAGCGUUAUCCAGGCCGGAGCGACGGCUACGCAGACUAUUGUUCUGGACAUGAGGGGACAGAAAUUUGGGUGCGACUAUUGGAAGACGCAGGGGUAUACGUGCUCUCUUGGAAGUAGGAGACUUGGAGUUGGCGGGUGGUGGUGGGGGAUUAUCGGAGUGGUAAUGGUGGGUGUAGUGCUUUUGUGA